GGGGCGCCGCGCACGCGCAGGGCCGGCGGCGCGCGCCGAGCGGGGGGCACCGCGCGGGUGCAGCCACGAUGGAAGGGGGUGCGUACGGAGCGGGCAAAGCCGGGGGCGCCUUCGACCCCCACACCCUGGUCCGGCAGCCGCACACCAUUCUGCGCGUCGUGUCUUGGGUGUUCUCCAUUGUGGUGUUCGGCUCCAUCGUGAACGAGGGCUACCUCAACAGCAACUCGGGGGGCGAGAAGUUCUGCAUCUACAACCGCAACCCCAGCGCCUGCAGCUAUGGUGUGACCGUGGGUGUGCUUGCCUUCCUCACCUGCCUGCUCUACCUGGCCCUGGACGUGUACUUCCCCCAGAUCAGCAGCGUGAAGGACCGCAAGAAAGCCGUCCUGUCCGACAUUGGGGUCUCAGCCUUCUGGGCCUUCCUCUGGUUCGUGGGCUUCUGCUUCCUGGCCAACCAGUGGCAGGUGUCCAAGCCCAAGGACAACCCGAUGAAUGAAGGGACAGAUGCGGCCCGGGCCGCCAUCACCUUCUCCUUCUUCUCCAUCUUCACGUGGGCGGGCCAGGCCGUGCUGGCCUUCCAGCGGUACCAGAUUGGCGCCGACUCGGCUCUCUUCUCCCAGGACUACAUGGACCCCAGCCAGGACUCCAGCAUGCCUUAUGCCCCCUACGUGGAGCCCAGCACCGGGCCAGACCCUGCCGGCCUGGGCGGUACCUACCAGCAGCCGGCCAACGCCUUUGACACCGAGCCCCAGGGCUACCAGUCUCAGGGCUACUGAGCUGCAGUGACCACCUGCCCCUCGCCUGUCCCCUGCCCCAGCGCCAGCUGCCCCCCCCCCGCCCACUCCCAGACCCCUGCUCCCUCCCAGGCUGCCCUGCCCAGUGCCUCAGCAGCCUCUGGGUUGUUCCCCUGAGGUCCAGGGCAGCUCAGGGUGGGAUGGGGCGGUAGGGUGUUGGGUGGGGGGUGCAUCUCCACAUGUGUGCAAGUCUGUCCAGCAGGGGCUGGGGGCGUUUGCAUUCGUGCAUUGUGUCACUGAGCAUUCAUGGGGUGCCUACUGCGUGUCAGGUAUGUGCUUGACACCGGUGGUGAGAGACCAGGGGUCCCGGGAAGGGCGAAGAUGAGGGACAGAGGAGCCCCAUUGGUCCCGGAGGUAGGAAUCGGUGUGAAAGAUAGACCUGGAUGAUGCUGGGAAGGUUUGGCUCCAGGGUGGGUGGCAACACCUGCAGGACAUCAGGGGCCGUCACCCAGCCCUACUACGAGCAUGGGGGCUGUCUCCAUUUUAUGUUGAGGACACUGAGGCCCGGAGAGGUCAAGGUCCCUUGUCCAGGGUCACUCAGGCAGCCAGUGAUAGAGUUGGGGCCAAGCCCCGGCCACCUGACCGGAGAGUCCCUGCUGUCCCCUGUCCUCCCUGCCUUCCCCAUCCCUGAGCCUGGGGCUCCACCGCUCCGUGCUCCCGUCACUCUGGGAGGCCUUGGGGACCUCAGCCCAUGAUAUAACCCUGAUUCUGCUGCAAGCCAGGGGCCUGUUCUGCCUCCAGGCCCCUCUCCCCACAUCCCCACCGGCCCCUCUCCCAGCCGCCAGUCAGGGUGGGAGGGCCAAGGGGGCUCGCCUCACUCGCUUGUUUCCCCAUGUACUGCUCCAUGCUGUGCGUUCCCCACCGGGAGCUCCAACACCCUCUUUGUGGCCUCCCAAAGGACUGACCAUUGUCCCUGCCCAGGGCUGGGUGGACGAGGAGGCCCAGAACGGGGAGCGACCGGCCCAAGGUCACAGUGAAUAAGUGGCAGAGCUGGGCUUGCUUCCUGGGUUUCUUGGCCCCAGCCACCCAGCAGGUGCCCCGAUUCCCUGCCCUGCCCUUGUGACCUCCCAGGAAACAGAACUGAUCUGGGACACUGUGUCAUCUUUCCCUCAGCCGGGGUUAGCCAGGGUCUCAGGGGCUGGAACGGCCAAGGGCAUGGAGAGUCCUUCCACUGGCCUUCCAGAAGGCCUGAUGAGAGGACAGUCUCUGUGGGAGUCAGAGUAGAGAGGGUGGGGGCUCUGGAGCCAGCAAGGCCAGCCUUCAAGCUGCUGCCAUGGGACACACUGCUCCCAAAGUGAACGCUGAGAGCCCCUGGUGCGCGGUGGGCUGGGGGAGGCUGUAGCAGGUGUCUCCAAAGGCACAAGAAGGGUUGAGGCAGGGAGGGACUCUUGCACAGGUGGACUCUUCACUGAACCUUAAAGGACGGGGAGGUCUUGAAGGAGAGAGAGAGGUGUGGGGAGACAUGGGUCCCUGUGUCCACUGGCCAGUGACCCGGGGAGCAGGGCCAGGGGAUCGUGGCUUGGCACAGUGCUGGAUGUUCCCACCACCAGCACCCCAUGCCUCCAUGAGAACCCUCAGAGGCAGGUGAUACUCACUUGCCCUUGGACUCAGCAGGUAUCCUUGCAGAAGGCAUGCAAGCUGGCCGUCCAGAGAUGAGCACCAAGCCAACCUCUGUACUCAGGGUCCACCAGAGGGCAGAGUGCUAUCCGAGCGCUUGCCAAGGGAUGCGGCGCCCCUAGGAGGGGCCAGGAGGAUGCGCAGCAGUUAGCACGGUGGUGAGGGAAGGAGAAGGAAUUUCCUAGGCUCAGAAGUAGCGUUGUUGUCCCCACUUAACAGAAGGGGAGGCUGAGGCUCAGAGAGUGUAAACGAGUUAGCAGUGGAGCAUGGAUCUGAACUUAAGCCUGUUCAAGUCCUCAUAAGGGGCAGCAGAGACAGGAGAGAAUCCCAGACAGCUGAGCAACAACUGGUCUUUGUGGACUUCAAUUUUCCACAUCUGGGGAAGGGGCUCUGUCUCUGGUACCCCCCCCAGUAGCCCAAGUGGGCAUGGGAUGGGGUUGUGGCAUCUACCAGGCCAAGCAGCAGAGCCUGUACCAGACCAGGUUUGCAAAGCAGGUAAGGGUGUGGGUGGUUGUGGGUGCGCUUCUGGCAAAGUGAAGCUCUGUGCCCAUGCGGGAGGCUGAGAGAGGUCCUUCCCCGCUCCCACUCCCCACCAAACACCUCCCCUGCCGAUGGACACCGGGAGACCCCAGGGUGCUGCCCAUCCAAUGCUUCUCCCUGGGCACCGCCCAGCUGCUUGUGAUACCGAGCUGGAGGGCAGGCUACCACUUAAGCUUCACCGAUCCCCUGGGUGUUUCUUACAGACUCUCCCUGCCACCCCAGACCAGGAAAGUUUACAGGACCCCUGCCAGGAGGGAGGGGCGCAGAAUCUUCUCACUUUGCAUUGCUCACUCAGCCUGGGGUACAGCCCAGACAUGAUCCCACCAUCAGGCUGGGUGUUGGCGGGGCCCGCCAAUGGUGGAGGUGAGACACGGGCAGAGGGCGGGAUUCGGCUGGGACCCAGGGCUCCUAACUACCCCUCCGGGGCGGUUCGUAGGGAUUCCCUGCUGCUUCCCACUGGCUGAGGACAGUGCCCUGGAGUCCCCAAGCUUAGAGCCAGUGGUGUCCUCUUUUUUCCCCUCCCUGCUCCCUCCCUCUGCCUCUUCCUUGCUUCCAACCCUUUUCUUUGGAGAAGGCUGCCCCCUGCCUCCUGACCUUGCUGAGUUUGGGCUCCCUCCUUCCACCAAGCACAAGAGAGGGCCCAGGAAAACUGGGUGCCACCCAAGUUGAGAGCUGCAAGGACCCUUCGAGAUGGUGGAGUCGGCCGGGAAGACUCAUUUGUCCAAAGUUACGCACAGAGUCAGAGGUUGAGGACCUAGGUCUCCUGCUUCUGAGUUAACCCUCAUCCUGCACAGUCAUGGGCUAUCUGCCUGGGUCUGGCUUCUGGUACCUGGGGGUGUGACAAUUGAGGGACUAAUUCCCCGGGGACUGGCAUCCGCUCCCCUACUCCAACCUCCCCUGUGAUUUUUGAUCUUCAAAGACUCUUGGGGGGUCCCAGGCUUCCCCCAUGUAAACAAGAGCCCCCACUUGUUACCCCUUGAGGGCCCCCCAACCUUGGCCCAAGACCCCUUUGAUUCUCUAAGGAGGAGGAAGGGGGGAGCACCCCUCCCAAGAGUUUGUGGGAGGAUGGGCUGGUCCAGCCAUCUCCCAGCGCGGCCCUUUGAUGUGACACUCCCCCAUCCCCUGGUGCCCACAGCCCUUGUCUGGGUGUCCCGGUCCUCCCGCAGCAUAACUGCCUGUGUAUAGUAUAAAUAUAUAUAUUUUCUAUAUAUAAGAUGUAUAAUAUAAGGCUCCACAAAUAUAUCUCUGUGUGUGUGCGUGUGUGCAGUGAAUGGCGGUCCCCAUCCUGGGCCCCCACUCUGGACUCCCCCACCACCCGGUUAAGUCUCGAGUGAAUCCAAUGGCCCCGUGGCACCCUCCGUUACAACAUCUGUCCAUUUGUGGUGAACCAAGUGAAGGUGGUGACUUCUGGUGACAUAGUAAUAAAGUGAAGACAA